AAAAUGGGACACAUAUGACCACACUAAGCGCACAGACAGCAUUUUAUUGUUGUUCGUUCUUCUUCUCCACUUUAGCCAACUGCGGAUUUUUCGCAGUGAAUGAUUUUAAUAUUUAUGAAUAGCUUUCUUUUUUUUAUGUCCUGAAAUCGCACACCUCGGAUCAUCUUCACGGCCCGCUAUGAUCUCCAGUCAGUGAUUAUUAUAUAUACAUAUUUUUUUUAAAUACCAGUUUGUCUUCAACUGCUGAUCUUUCAUUUGGAGCAAAAGACUGAAUUUGGAUUGUUGCCCUGUGGAACAAAAAAAUCAAACAAAAACAACUACUUUUACUCUCACUGAUGGCGACCUAAUCGAUGCGAAUAAUUCGGAUGAGCUGGAUCUUUUGGAUUAUAUGCACUAAAGCGAAUCCAUAUCUAGGUGAGCGGGACGGAAGAGAAGAGGAAGAGUUGAUUUCGCACUCGCACACUGGAGCGGGAAUAAGUCUAGACAAUGCUUCAGUGUGCCAGCUGUGAAAAACCUAUUCUCGAUAGGUUCUUGCUCAAAGUUUUGGACAGACCGUGGCACAUCAAAUGCGUCCAGUGCUGCGACUGCAAAUGUAGUUUGACAGAGAAGUGUUUUUCUCGAGAAGGGAAACUGUAUUGCAAGAAUGAUUUCUUUAGGAAAUUUGGAACCAAGUGCGCUGGAUGCGCGCAGGGGAUUUUACCCAGUGAUCUAGUCCGCAGAGCCAAGAGCAAAGUGUUUCACCUGAACUGUUUCACCUGUGUGAUGUGUAACAAACAGCUGUCCACCGGAGAGGAACUGUAUAUCCUGGACGAAUUCAAGUUCGUUUGCAAAGAGGACUAUGAAAACAACUCUGGGAAAGACACAAUCCUCCUUUCAGUAACGACGUGCAGCGAUCCAAGUCUGUCUCCGGACUCUCAGGACCCGCAGGACGACGGGAAGGAGUCAGAAAACGGGCAUUUAUCGGAUAAAGACACGUGCAGCAACGAGAACGACGAGCAGAGCGCCGUCGGAAAACGACGCGGGCCUCGGACCACUAUAAAAGCCAAGCAGCUGGAGACCCUGAAAGCGGCUUUUGCGGCCACACCGAAGCCCACCAGGCACAUCAGAGAGCAGCUGUCAAGGGAGACGGGUCUUAACAUGAGAGUCAUCCAGGUUUGGUUCCAAAAUCGGAGGUCCAAAGAGAGACGUAUGAAACAGCUGAGCGCUCUAAGCGCUCGGAGACACGUGUUUUUCCGCAACCCGAGGAGAAUGAGAGGCCUGGGAGAGAGAGUGGAACCAGGAGAGCUUGGACACUUUUCUUAUUAUGGAGAAUAUCCUGGUGAAUACUAUGGCUCAGGAGGGAAUUAUGAGUACUUUCAAGGCCCACCAUUAUCGCAAGCACAGACUCCAGCAGACCUGGGCUUUGUGCCCUCCACAGUCCCGGCUGGCACUCCACUAGGAGCCAUAGACCACCAUCAUCCUGGGCACCACUGUCCCGGAGAGGUUCAGUGUUUCUCUGAUACAUUAUCUCAUCAUCCCGUGGACUCACCAAGUCCGGAGCCCAAUGGACCAAGUUCAAUUCACAGCAUCUCCAGUGAAAUGUGUGGCCCCAGCACGCCCUUCACCACUGUUUCUCUCAGUGACAACGGAUACACCAACCAGCUGUCACAGCCCUCUUCAGAAAUGAGUGAAGGCACUGUUUGGUAAUCAGGCUAAGACCGAAAUACUACAAAUGCAGUUUGAAGGC